AUGCCGAUCAAGAACCCCGCUGUCUCGGAUUUCCCCUCCGAGAUUACCGUCACCGUCACUCUACCACUCUCGACGUCGAGUUCCGCAUCAACACCAUCCCCAAACGUCCUGCUCUUACUCCACGGCAUCGGGGAUACCGCCGCGGGCUUCACAUCUUUUGGCCAAGCGAUCCGUCUUCCCGAAACAACCGUCGUCACCAUUCAGGCACCAGCUGCUCUUCCCUUCGAUCUGGGCGGCUUCCACUGGGGUGACGAUGUAUCUUUUGACAGCCGCACCGGCGCGCUAGACAUGGACGCGGGAUUCGCACGAAGCACAAAAAUGCUCGCUAAUACGGUCAUUCGCCAGACGCUUGUCCGGAAAUGCGGCUACCAGCUCCGUGAGAUUAUGAUUUUCGGAUUCGGUCAGGGCGGCAUGGCCGGGUUGGCGGCGGCGCGAGAGAUUGGUUCUGGCGACGGUGCUCAGGAGAGCGGAUCGCUCGCGGGUGUCAUCUCGAUCGGAGCACCGUUCGCCUUGUCUGGGUCCCGAUUCGGAGCGAAGAAUCGCACACCAGUGCUAUUGGUUUCCGGACGAGAUUCCGAAGUUGUGUCGGAAGGGGCGGUGCGUAGAACCAAGGAUGUGUUUGAGUUUGUGGAGGUUAGUCGGUAUAAGAGGAAGGGCGAUGGUAUGCCGUCUAACAGGGACGAGAUGCUUCCUAUCAUGCAAUUCUUCGCGAGGAGGUUGCGUAGUCGACAGGGUGUUCCGGAGGGUAGUGUCGAACUCGGAUGA